CCCGCGCCCUGCGGAGCCUCCGGUCCGCCUCCCCCUGUCAUGGUGCUGGGCCCAUUUCUGGGCUCUCGGAGUCUAACCGCACUGGGGGCUGCCUGCGCCCGCCGCGGCCUGGCCCUGCUAGGAGUCCUCUGUCACACGGAUUUGAGGAAGAGCUUGACUGUGGAACAGACCGCCAUGAAGGUUGAGGUACUACCAGCUCUGACGGACAACUACAUGUACCUGAUCAUCGAUGACGACACCAAGGAGGCCGCCAUCGUGGACCCAGUGCAACCCCAGAAGGUUGUAGAAAUGGUGAAAAAGCACGGUGUGAAGCUGACUACACUGCUCACCACCCACCACCAUUGGGACCAUGCUGGUGGAAAUGAGAAGCUGGUCAAGCUGGAGCCUGGACUGAAGGUGUACGGGGGCGAUGACCGGAUCGGGGCCCUGACUCACAAGGUCACACACCUGUCUACACUGCAGGUGGGGUCUCUCAAUGUCAAGUGCCUGUCAACACCAUGUCAUACUUCUGGACACAUCUGCUACUUUGUGAGCAAGCCUGGCAGUUCUGAGCCCCCUGCUGUGUUUACAGGUGACACCUUGUUUGUGGCCGGCUGUGGGAAGUUCUAUGAAGGGACAGCGGAUGAGAUGUACAGAGCCCUGCUCGAGGUCCUGGGCCGGCUCCCUCCUGACACAAGAGUGUACUGUGGCCAUGAAUAUACCAUCAACAAUCUCAAGUUUGCUCGCCACGUGGAGCCCAGCAACACUGCCAUUCAGGAGAAACUGGCCUGGGCCAAGGAGAAGUACAGUAUUGGGGAACCCACAGUGCCGUCCAUCAUUGCAGAGGAGUUCACCUAUAAUCCAUUCAUGAGAGUGAGGGAGAAGACUGUGCAGCAGCACGCGGGCGAGGUGGACCCUGUCACCACCAUGAGGGCCAUCCGCAAAGAGAAGGACCAUUUCAAGGUGCCCCGGGACUGAGGUGGCCGUGGGGCCUGGGGUGCCCGUGGCUGCUGACUUCAAGUGCAUUUGGGUAUUCAGGUGUUUUAGGUGAACUUCCUGCUGGGAGUGUAGGAAAUUGAGUCUUGGUUUAAUUUUAAAUUAACUUCAGAGUCCUUUGCUUGUGUUAUCAAAUGUUUUAAUGCAUAUUUAUAAGAGAGGAAUUUAGAAAGUAUUUAUCCCUGGAA